CGCGAGUCCACGCCGCCGCAGCCCCCGACGCGGCCGCGAGAAGCAGCGCGGGGGGCAGGCGAUCCAAGCCCCCAGAAGCAUCCUCUGGUGAUGAUGAAGGUCCCUUUGUUCUUUCUGUGAAGGAGCGAUGCUGACCUCGGCUUCCUGGACCCAUUCCGACUCAGGAGCCUUCACGUAAAUGGGUCCAGUCAUGCCUCCCAGUAAGAAGCCAGAAAGCUCAGGAAUUAGCGUGCCCAGCGGACUGAGUCAGUGUUACCGGGGCAGCAGCUUCCCCAAGGCUCUGCAGGAAGACCAUGACCUGGACUUCUCGCUCCCUGACCUCAAGCACGAAGAGGGGGCCAUGGAGGAUGAGGAGCUGACCAACCUGAACUGGCUGCACGAGAGCAAGAACCUGCUCAAGAGCUUCGGGGAGUCGGUCCUCAGGAGUGUGAGCCCCGUCCAGGACCUGGACGACGACACGCCCCCGUCCCCUGCCCGCUCGGACAUGCCCUACGAUGCCAGGCAGAACCCCAACUGCAAGCCGCCCUACUCUUUCAGCUGCCUCAUCUUCAUGGCCAUCGAGGACUCCCCGACCAAGCGCCUGCCAGUGAAGGAUAUUUACAACUGGAUCUUGGAACAUUUUCCCUAUUUUGCAAAUGCUCCCACUGGGUGGAAAAACUCAGUGAGACACAAUUUGUCAUUGAAUAAGUGUUUUAAGAAAGUGGACAAGGAGAGGAGUCAGAGUAUUGGGAAAGGGUCGUUAUGGUGCAUAGACCCAGAGUAUAGACAAAAUCUAAUCCAGGCUUUGAAGAAGACACCUUACCACCCACCCUCCCAGGGGCUCAGCAGGCCCCCCACCUCUCCUCAGGCAUAUCAAAGCACAUCAGGUCCGCCGCUCUGGCCAGGCAGCACCUUCUUCAAGAGAAACGGGGCCCUUCUACAAGAUCCUGACAUUGAUGCCGCCAGUGCCAUGAUGCUUUUGAAUACUCCCCCUGAGAUACAAGCAGGUUUUCCCCCAGGAGUGAUACAGAAUGGAGCGCGGGUUCUGAGCCGAGGGCUGUUUCCUGGCGUCCGGCCACUGCCAAUCACUCCCAUCGGGAUGACAGCAGCCAUGAGGAACGCCUUCGGCAGCUGCCGGACGAGGACCGAGAGCGAGCCGUCGUGUGGCUCCCCCGUGGUCAGCGGAGACCCCAAGGAAGAUCACAACUACAGCAGUGCCAAGUCCUCCAAUGCCCGGAGCACCUCGCCCACCAGCGACUCCGUCUCCUCCACCUCCUCCUCCUCCUCCUCGGCCGAUGACCACUACGAGUUUGCCACAAAGGGGAGCCAGGAGGGCAGCGAGGGGAGCUUACACAGCCACGGGAGCCCCAGCGACACGGAAGAGGACGACGGGAAACCGGGCCAGAAGGAGGUUAAGGAUGCUGGCGGGGACGGCGGCUUCGCGUCCCAGCACAAGAAGCGCCCGCACGUGGCCAAGGCCAGGAAGGUCCCCAGCGACACGCUGCCCCUUAAAAAGAGACGCACGGAAAAGCCGCCCGAGAGCGACGAUGAGGAGAUGAAGGAGGCGGCCGGCUCGCUCCUGCACUUGGCGGGGAUCAGGUCCUGUUUGAAUAACAUCACCAAUCGGACGGCAAAGGGGCAGAAGGAGCAAAAGGAAACCACAAAAAAUUGAAAAACAAGUCACUGAUUUGUUUUGAACUUACGGCCAUUUGGUUUCAGCAUGUCAGGAGAUUUCUAAUGAUUUGUGGCAAUAUCAGUAACUUUUUUUGUUUGUUUGUUUGGUUUUCUUUCUUUUCUUUUCUUCCUUUUUUUUUCAUUUAAUUUGCCCCCGCUUUUCCUUUAUCUUGGACCCUUAAGAAUUUUAUUUUAAAGGAGAUUGAAGCCAUAGAACUCAUGUUGACACUCAGCUGUUUUACAAAAGCUUUUCAUUCUCUGAAGACAAAAACCGAAAAAGCCAAAACGAUGACCAUUGCUUCCUGCAGCUUGUCAGAAACACGUGGCUGAAUCCCCAGGGAUGUCCACGGCAAUGCCACGGCAGUGCACGUGCAGCACCCAGAAGGCACGUGAGCAGAGCCACCAGCGUGCAGGCCCAGCCCUCAGGUUUACCGAGUCAGAACAUCCACCCAGGCGGGUUCCGUGUGGAGAGGAAAAGAAAGCGGUUAGCAGAAAGGGAUCCAUUGGUCCCACUAGAAGCAGACCAAACCCAUGGCACUGGGCAUCCCACCAUGCCAGGACAGCCCUUGGCACUGCCCACAGCACAGGCACGUGGCCCCCAGGCCUCUGCACCACGUAACCCUGAGGCCUGGUGACAGUGCCCCGGGGCAGACACCUCCCAACACCUGUUCUGGAGGAUGAGGAUGUCCCCCAAAGCCAUAAGCUUGAAGGCUGGCCCUGUGCACGCGCAUGCACACACACGCACACGCACACACACACACACACACACAACACACCAAAAUGAGAGCAGAAUGGAUGCUGAUAGCAUGCGCUGUCUUCUGAAGUGCCCACAGGCACAGCAAUCCCGGUUGUGAAGUCGCAGGAGCUGUCAAGGAAGGAACUAAUGGUAGCAGUCGUCUUGUGUCUAAGCUUUUUGAUCCAAGUGGGGGAGAAAGAAAAUACAAAACAACAACAACCAAACUCCCAGGACCUGCAAUUACUAUUCUGGUGUAUUUUUUUUUUUUUCAAAAGAGUGAAGGCACAUUGACAGAUAAGAUCAAUAAAUUAAAUGUGGCAAAAAAGAAAAAAAUUACUCCCAUGUUGCCCUCAAAAUGGAGUUUCGAAAUUAAUGCCAGGUUCAUCUUUGCAAUACUCAGUGGUUUCCACAUCCAGCCCGUGUGGCCGGCAGAAAUUUAUGAUCCAUAAUGCAUGGAUUCCUUUGAAGAGAAAAGGAAACAAAAAAAAAAAGAAAAAAAUCACGAAAACAAACUUUUUUUAUUCAAAAAUAACAAAGUUCUUGUACGGUAAAUAAUGUAUUUAGCAUGACGCAUGAAUUAUUUUCAUAUAAAUAUAGACAAUAGAGAAAAGACUCCUCUGAUUUGUAAGCCCUUGGGCUUUGAGGUUCUUUCGGUUUUCUUCCUCUUUUCCUUUCCAUUUUUCUUUCUUUUACUUUUUGUUGGGUUUUUUUUUUUUUUCCUCCCCUCUUUUUUUCCCCCCCCGGGUUCUUUUGUUUUGGUUUUUUGAAGCAGGUGUUUAAGGUUUAACCUUCUUCAGGGACAAAUUCUGACUGUUGGGGAACUUACUCUGCAAUAUAAAAAAUAUCUCGAUGCUCUGGUAGGGGCUUGGAUGGUGAACUCUGCUGCCUUGUCCGCACUCAGCCCCCGCCCCUCUCUGAUUCUCUGUUGAAAGUGUGUUGUUUCUCUUUGUCUGUACGUGUUUUAACAUGACGCAAUAAUUUGAGGGCAAACUUAGUAGUGAGUGUGUAUGAUAGAAUCAAGAGAAUUAUGGGACGCUGACUUGAGAGAAAAUAAUUCCCGUGAUUGGGUUCUAGGAAAAAAUACAAUAAAUAAAAAGGCAGUAAAUACUUAUGCAAAUUUGCCAGGAGAAGGAGAAACCUGCUAAUGGGCCUUAUUAGGUGAGGGUAGGAGAUGGGGUACAUGUGAGGGAGGAAGUGAUGCCCAGGGGUUAGGAAGGCCAGCUUUAUUGCAACAGGGCCAGCCUUGUCUACCACCCCAGCACAUCAACCAGCCAGGAAUUAAGACCACUAGAUUUCAAGAGCUGAAUUUAGAUGACCACACGGUGUCCCGUAAGCCAGAAAACCCGUUGUCUUUGCCUGAAAAUAUUAACAGCAGAGAGAUCCAAAGAGAACUCUGACAUCCUAAUGGGUGGGAAUGUGGAGGCAAAAACACCCACCAAGGUGGGUUCUGAUGGUGGGCGAGAGCGAGGAAGCUGUGGCCAUCACGGAUUGAUUUCAAUGGGGGCAGUUGUGGGCCAAAGCCAAUCCAGCAGCCAGGACAGUGGGAAUAACUGGUGCAUUCCCAGUCACUCAUCUUUGGGGUGCUGAUGAGAAAACGGGGGGGGGAGAGUACACCUGUGCAACAGGUCGGACUCUGCCUGAACCUGCAGACUUCUGGCAUGUUUCAUUCAUUCUCUGCUCCCUCUGGCCAGAGAUCUGGCACCCGGAGAUCCAUCCAAUCCCACAGCCGUGGAAGCUGAGCAAGCAUCAUUGGUUCAUGCUGUCACCUGACCAAACCCCAAAGGACCCCCCAUCUCUACCCUCCUCCCCAUCCCUCCAUGAUGAGGAGAUUCCAGCCUUUCUCUCCUGGGAGGCAGAGAUGAAACCUUCAGGGCUGUUUCUGGCAGGGGACCUCUUCCAGUGAAAACCCCCACAGUGGGCUGUCUCCCCUCAUUUUGUUCUUUCUAAAGGGGCAGAGGCUUCUUUUAGAAAAUAAUAAGAUGCAAUGUGUGUGAUUUACUUUUCUGAUCUCUUUGAGAAAUAGAUAAAUAUCUUAUACAAGUGUGUUCUUAACUCCGAAACUACUCUUUUUGCAUAAAUACCUCAUCGGGCAGCUUUCUAAGUAUUUUCCCGAGUCUCUUGUGGCACCUUUCUGGGAUGUGCUUGGGAGACUUUUCGGGGGAGACUUCAGUGAGGGUACUUUUUCUAUUUUUCUUCUGUUUUUGGAGGCAUACACAUUAUGCAUAACCAAAACAAAUGGCUCAAUUGUGUUGAACUUCGUACUUGGAUUGUUGAGAACAAGAAGUAUCUGUGUAUGUGGCUGUCAGUACAGAAUCCAUGCAAGAACCAGGUGUCCACUUUGUUCAAGCCAAGGGGCACGAGGCACCCUCUCUUAUCCCCUCCUCCAAGAGCAGUAGAUAAUUUAAGCACAAGCCUAUUUGUGAAAGAAUAUUUUGCUUAAGUGUGUUUCACUCUAGUCUUGGAAUUCCUUCCCAAGCGUCAGGUGUUCUUUUAGCUUCCAAACUAGCAUGUCGUAUCCAUUAGUCUAACCAAUCGCCUGAGUACCGUUAGGGGUGGGCCAUUGUGGCUGCGUUUCUCCCACUGGGAGAAGUAGUGGUUCAUGUGUCAUUUCAGUAUCUCUCAUCCUCAUCUGGGGCAGGGGGUGGGGAACUAUAGCAAUAUUUAAAGAUGUUUGGGAAACAACCAUGAACACAUCAGCACCGUGACAUCGCCAGUGGCUUGCUAUCGAGUCCUCAGACACAUGUAAGAGAAAGAGACCCUGCAGCUCUUUCUGCUUAAGUGAUCUACGCAUCGACAGCUUCUUUUCAUCCUUCUGUGAUUGUCUUCAGCCUUCUAGUGCUAUGUGGAAGCGUUUGCAUCAUGGAUUCUUCCCAGCCUUAUAUCCUAAGCUCCUAUUUCCCUACCCUCUCACUCACUAUGCUUUCAAGAGUUCUUUGGGCAAGCCGUUCAUCUGGAAGGAAAAAUGAACCAAACCCAAAUGUGGACGGUGGUUUGAGAAAGCCAUGGCCAAGACUACAGUGGCAGGUUCCGUCUUGGGGCUGAGUUUUGGGUUUUAAGAAAGAAUACACUUGGAUGCCUUUCCCAAGAAUGGACUUCUUUUGUGUCCAUUGUUUGCUGGAGGGGUGGCGGGGGGCACGGCAGUUGCUACCAUGGGGCAUUCUGGGAGGAGGUCAUGGCAUUGAGGAGAGUGGGCUGUGGAGCGUGAGUGCGGGUGACCUCUGUGCCCAGCCCAGAGUCCUACAACCCAUCAGGACUUCUCCAUGCCAGAUGCUCCCGACUCAAGGUUCAAUCACUCCGCUCCAGGUGAGUGGAUCUGCAGCCUCUCGCUGAAGGGCUCAUUGCUGAAGGAACCAGAGUUAUGUUCAAGUGACCUAAAUGAGAGGGUUUUCCUUAUAUGGUUGGAUUAAAUUCGAUGUGAUUUCUCUUUCCCUUUAAACUUUAUGCAGGUUGGGACUCAUUUCUCUCUCUGAUGGGUCACAGCUGCCCAGAUGUUGUGAUUCCUUUUUUCUGUUUCUGUAGAGAAGUAUUUUUCUUUCCUCUUGAGGAUAUUUUUUUGCCACCAAAAGAAAACAUCAGAACUCUGUGUCCCCUUGAUUGUGACUUGCAGUGUUGACAGUUAGUCCUUCGUGUCACAGGUCCCAGCCCGCCGAUACUAUAUCAAACACUGUUAUGCACAUAAUGCAGCACUGUGAUCUAAUUUAAAUAAGACUUUUUUAUUAUUUAUACUACUAUAUAUAAUAUACAUCAACACUUUUGCUAUAUAACCUAAGUGAUAAACCCUCUUUUAGUUACCUGCCAACCUCUGGACUUUGGUUUCUUAUUGCAGUUGACGCAGUUACCCUGUUGUAAUGGUGUCUUUUCUUUCCUUUUGUAACGGAAUGUGUAAAUCAAAGUAUAUACAUUGUGUAGUGUUCUCGUUUCUGGAGAUUCAUGGGGAUUUACACAUGGCAUUCAGUGUUCUGUAUAGAUCUGCCUACCUUUGUGAAUCCAUCUGUUACGCCCUCUUUGAGAGAGCACCAGCAAUGGUGGUUAACUCCCAUGUCCCCCCCCCUCCUCUUUCUCCCCUCUCUCUCUCUCUCUCUCACUGGUUAUUCUUGAAUUAAGCACAGACUCAUCAGCUCGGUUGCUUUAUCAUGAAUAAUGUGUGUGACCUUGCAAUUCUUCCACACUUCAGCAAACAAGUGCUAGCUUCACUGACCAAAAAUUACCGAAGGAGAACACAAUGUUUUUAAACAAUCCAUCUUCUAAUGGCCGAAACCGAUGUGUCUAUGGUGCUGCCUCUUGCUGUUGUAUUUCUGAAAUCAGACCCAUGUGAAAGAUCAUUUCUGACUGUGACAUGCUCACAAGUACCCUUCCUGUCAUUUUGUUAUUAGCGUUGAAAUCCGACUAUUUAUUUGGAACUUAUACAACAGUGUGUGUUUCCACUGUAUUGCAUUUGCAAAAGCGGAGAACAGCCAUCUCCCACUUUUGCAAAUAAUUGAUACUCCAUAUUGGAUUCUCAAAGACUUCGAUAUGGUGAACCUAUCAAACCUAGAAAUCCUAUUUUAUCCUUAUGACUGUGGCCUCAGUUCCCCAGCCCCUUACCCGUCUUAGAUGAAACUUAGCACACUUUCAGUUAUGUAACUAUUCAGCAUUUCUUGAGUAUUGUUGAGUGUUGUUGAGACCAUCUGAGCUCAUAGCUGAUUCAGUAACCAGUUCCAUGUCGUGUCAUCACACUCACUACUUAUACUGCCAUGGUGAAAAUGUGGAGGAAAAAAGUAUCCGUGUGUCUGGGAAGCAUAUACACUUGUACAUUUUUUUAUACUCUGACUCUGUAACAUUUCUUAAGUUGUGUUUUUGUUUUACAGAAAAAAAAGAGUGAUAAAGCAAUCAGGAGGCCAAGAGGUUUACUGUUGUUGCUCAGAGUCAUCUGACUUUUGCUGGCCAAUAGACCUAUGUGGCCAAGUAAAUUUACAGGAGUAAUCAUGUUUUUUGAAAGCCAAUAAUUUUUUUUUUCUGUAUGAAACUGCCAAUAUCAUGAAUAGAAAGGGAGAACCAUAAAGGAACAGGAACGUGAUGCUCACUUCUGUUUGUGUUAACCUAAAGAAGCAGUGUGGAGACAGACAGGUGCCAGCAGCCGAACCCUAGGGACUCGGUGUGUUGCUUCGGAGGCAUCCAUACUUGCAUCUUGCAUUUUUCAUGUGUAAUCAUAUUGCCAAAGACAAACUAUUUCAUCAUUUAUUGUAAAUAACACUUUUCCCCAGACCUACCAUAAAGUCUCUGUGAUGUAUUGUCUUCCAGUUGCAAUAAAAAAUGACUGAGUUGCA